ACAAACGUGACAAACGUGCUCACCGUUAAAAACGGUUCAGCUGAAGCGUCAUACAAGAACAAUAUCUCCCAGAAUACUUUGCGCUGUCAUACGCUUGCGUCUGCGACGAGGAUCUGUUGCUAAACAAACCGAACACGGAUGUGUUGAAAUAAUUUAAUAAUGGAGUCUGAACAACCAAAAGAAGACGGUGCUCCAGCCCAGCCAACACCGACACCUCCGUCUCAGUCAAAGAAGCCAAGUCAGGCUCUUUACGUUCCCAAGCAACGACCUCAAGGCUCCAAAGACAAACCUCAGACUCAGGGAGGAGAUAAACCAAGACCCAGGCCUCGCUACACAGACAAGGCAAGGAAAAACGCCAGGAACAAGAAGGACAAGGCUGGAGCAGCGAAUAAGGGAGCAUCUGUUGGAGCAGAAGAGGGAGGUGAGGCACAGGGUGGUGACAACAAGUCCAAUGUGAAGGAAGGGCAGUUACAGGAUGCCGAUGUGCAGGUAAAUGGAAACUGUGACUCGACCGGUGUUGAGGCAGAAUCUUCCUCGCAGCUGGAAGCAAUGUCUCUUCAGGAAGAACAGGAGGAAGAGGAGAGUUGGGACACCUUGUUCAAUGAUGAUGGAGACUGUCUGGAACCGCACCUGCUUGAGGAGCUGGCUGCGAAAGAAGGUAGAAAGAAGGAGUCAAUCCAGCAGGCCAGGUUUGAUUACUACAACAUGGACCGAGAUGAUGAUGAUGAUGAGAUUGACCUCAGUGAGGAUGAGCUUUCUCACAUCGUAGAGAUUUACGACUUCCCAACAGAUUUUAAGACGGAGGAUCUUCUCAAGUUAUUUCAGUGCUACCAAGAGAGAGGUUUUGACAUCAAGUGGGUGGAUGACAAACAUGCCCUGGGCCUCUUCUCUAGCCCCAUACCAGCCCGUGAAGCUUUAAGAUCCAAACAUCCGCUGAUGAAGUUGCGACCUCUUUCCAAAUCCUCCUCUGCCAUAAAGGCCAAAGCUCGUAGCUGCUCAGACUACCUCCUGCCUGCUAAAGAGAGACCUCAGACUAGUGCAGCUCUGGCUCGCCAGCUUGUCAUCGGUGCCCUUGGUGUGAAGAGCAACGUGACAAAGGAGCAGCGUGAUGCAGAGAGGAGGAAACUGCAGGAGGCCAGAGAACAAAAACGCCUGGCAGCCAAACAAAAGGAGGAUGUUUGGGAGGGGAGGUGACGGGACAGAAGACUACCCCGCUCUGUCUGUUUUGGUUAGAUUCCUUGAUUCAGCAGACACAAUGGUCCACUCUGUUUUUCUCAACUGGCCACUCCUUCCUACAGCCACACUUCCCAGAAUUAUUAUUAUUUUUUUUUUCACGCAGUGUAACAUUUGAUGCGAGCAUCCUGCCAAUGUUCCCUCACCUUUAUGCUCAUACUUGACCCAGCAGGUAUUGUUGCCUCUGUGACAUGACCAGGGCUAACACACCUGUUUUCCUAUCUCCUAACAUUGUAACCACAGGCUGUAGUGAAGCACUGAGCUGAAUCACUUGUAAAGGGUAAACCAUAUAGAGAGAAUAAUGUUUUGUGUAGAUCUAAGACCUUACGUUUGUCCCUAUGUGGAAUUAUUUUAAUGUUUUUAAAUGUUGGGCAGCAAUGCUUUCUCUUAAACUCAGUCCUGAUGACACAGUACAUUGUACUGCACACAAAAACAUUUUUGAGUUUGGGCUCUGUUCGAGUUAUUGGAUUAAAAGUUGAGUCAUUGAGGGAAAAAAAGCAGUAUUGUUUACAGCUAGUUUGAUGACCAGCCCUUGGAUUGUCUUAUCAAAGAUUUUCUGUAAAAUGAAAAGUCUGAAGCCAAAGCUGCUGCUGCUGCUGUUCUAGUCUAGCAUGGCUGUUCUGUCUGAGUCUUUUUGUCCAAGCAGGACUGAUGAUGAUGAUGAUGAUGAUGAUGAUAAUGAUAGAGUAGUCAUCAAAUUUCAACCAAAUAAGCAUUUAGUCAUCAGAUUUUGUCUUCAUAUUGCUAGCCAGGUUUUGUUUUGGGAGAGACUACUUUGUCCCUAUUCAAAAACAGCCACUGUAAUUUAUGCAUCCAUUAAUGGAGACAUAGCGAAAACUUGUCCUUGUAGGUUUUGAGGACAUUGUCAAUAACUAGUGAAUAUUCCUGUACUGGUACAUUUGAAGAAUACAUCCUGAAAAUGAGUAGCGUGGCUGGACAGUAUUAAAUCUAGGGUCUGUAAACUUGAUUGAAACUGUUUGAGCAGAUGUAUUUACAUUUUAAUUUUAAUUCAAACUGCAAUGCUCUCAUGAAAUAAACUGUUGAAAAAUAAUGUUUUAAUGAAAGAAGCUCACCCAAACAGCAGUCUAGAUGAUCUGGUUGCAGUUGAAGCAACAUUAUGUAGAACCUGGCAUUUUGUGCGCUUUGGCGCCCCCCACAGUUUCUGAGUGCAACACCACUGUUGUAAAUACAAAUCCCAGGUCUGUAACAAUUUGUCAAUUUGUCUAUGUGGGUGCUAACUACAAAUAAAACUGUUAUGUCAUAAUAAUA